GUCUAUUUCAAGUCUUUUAAUUUUUUUCUUACAGGAGGGUGUAUUAACUAAGUUGAAUUUUCGAAAACAAUGUUUUCCAUAUAUACUAUGUACUUUGUAUUUCUUAUAUUAUUCGUGGAUAAGAUUAAUGUACAUGGUUUAGACCCCAGUGACAUAGUUAUUGUAAUAUUAGAUCAAAAGGAAGGUUAUCAUAUGGCUCAUGCUGAAAUGUUAAAGAAAAAUAUUCUUGAACAAGCAGAAGCCCUUGAUAAGGAUCCUCCUAAAAUUAUCUUAUCUCACAAAUUGAAUAUUAAUGGAUCUUGGACAAUAAUACCACUUUUAAACUAUUUAUUGGAUACAUAUUCCACUUCAAAAUGGUUUUUCUUCUGUGUAGAGAAUACUGUAAUUAGAUUGAAUAAAUUAUUAAGUAUUCUACUCAAAUAUAGAGAAAAUAAAAAUAUAUGGAUUGGUCAUGCAUUAUACGAUCAAGAACCAACCAUCAUCCAUCAUUUUGCAGAACAUAAAAAAAAAUUGAAGUAUCCACAUAUAGCUUCAGGUUUUGCAAUAACAUCAAAUUUGUUAGCUAACCUAGUACAUAAAAUUAAUGAAGGUGAUAGACCUAAAGAUGAUUUUUCAAUUGAUGCAUCAUAUGAAUUUGCAUCUUUCGUAUUGAAAAUUGGUAAAGGAGUACGAUUAACACAUGUAUCUGAAAUAUGUAUUAUAUCUAAUUCUGAGUGUGCUACAUAUCCAAGAUUUUUUCAUCCAUGUGGUUCAUCUGUGACCACUGAAAAUAUCUAUUUUGCUGUAAAAACUUGUUCGAAAUUUCAUAUUGAGAGAAUUCCUGUGAUUAAAAGAACAUGGGCAAAAUAUGCUACAAAUAUUGGUUAUUUUAGUGAUAUUGCUGAUAAACAUCUGCCUGAUAGUUUCAUUGUCCCAAAUACAACACAUGGGCAUUGUGCAAAAACAUACAGCAUCUUAGUACAAGCAGAUAAAAUAUUAAAAAAGAAAAAUUUAAAUUGGUUAAUAAUCAGUGAUGAUGACACAAUUUUUAGCGUGGCACGUGUGUUACGUUUAUUGACAUGUUACAAUCCAAACACACCAGUUGCUAUUGGAGAACGAUAUGGUUUUCAACUCUGGGAUAGUGAUUACGGGUAUGAAUAUUUAACAGGUGGAGCAGGUGUUGCUUUAUCUGCAUCUCUGGUUCAUGAAAUCAUAGAACUAGGUAAAUGUAAAUGUCCAUCAUCUACUACUCCAGAUGAUAUGUAUCUUUUUGGUAUAUGUCUAUCACAAAUCAGAGUGCAACCUGUACAUUCAUCAAUGUUUCAUCAAGCACGUCCUUCAGAUUAUGCGACUGCAUACCUUGCUUCACAAGAACCCAUAUCAUUCCAUAAAUUUUGGAUGAUUGAACCCCAAACGGUUUAUGAUGAAUGGUUUGCAGAAGCAGACAAAUCUUUAAUCACAGUAAGAAAACACACAGAAUUAUAAUAUUAUUAUGGUUUACUAUUCAUUCUGUAAGUACUAAUAAUAAAAGUAUACAAUAAUAAAAGUCAAAAUUUUAUAAUAAAUUUUUAUUAUUCAAGUGUAUAAUUUUUAUAUGUAUAAUAGAAAAUAUUAAAAAUAUAAUAACAAAAAAUAUAAA